UGGUGUGUAAGUGGUACGGUCCACUGGUAAAAUUCCGAGAAUUGUGAACUGCGUGUUCUCAGAAGAGUUCUUCCAAGAACUGUCUUCGGUGGACACUUCCAAGAAAACUAUACCAGGUAGUCAACAUGUCAAGUGCAGCAGACGGCUGCAUCACAUUCACUCGCCAUGCGGGUGAUGUGCUGUUCAACUUCAACCGCCUGCGCAGCAGAAACAUCCUGACCGAUGUCACCAUUUUGGUCGGUGGGCAACAGUUUAGGGCACACAAGACGGUUCUGAUGGCAUGCAGCGGCCUCUUUUAUUCAAUGUUUGCAGAGACUCAUAAAAACGAUCUAAGCUUGAUAAGUUUAGAUCCCAAUGCGGACCCCAAUGGCUUCGACAUACUGCUGGAGUUUAUGUACACGUCUUGCCUCACCCUUAAAGAAAACUUCAUUAUAGCCACCCUCAACACAGCCACAUACCUGCAGAUGGACCAUGUGAUGGACACAUGCCAGAGGUUCAUGGAGUCUAGGGCCUUGUGUGUUAAGCAGACCAGAGCGGAUUUGCCACGCUGUGUAACUCCAGAAGCUCCAUUUCUCCCAAGCAACGCCCUGAACAUGUCUUCAAGUGUGACCAUGAGCCCUUACGGUCCUCCAAGCCUGCAUUACGCAGUCAGCACUUCAACCGAAAGCCCUACUCGCUUCUAUAGACAUCUUCCUGUCCCCCUUGAGACCUUCAGUACUACAAACCCCCUUUGGCAGAUACCGAAGAGUGGCGUAAUAGCCCGUCAACAGCACUCCAUGCUGGACAAUGGAGUCACAGUCAAGACUGCUGGCGGAGCCACGGAGUCCAGAAAAGAGCGGAAUCGUCCAUCAGUGCUUUUCCAUUCAGCUCGGGGUGAGGGAGACAGGAGGAGAGCUUCUGGCAUAAAUUCAGGGAUGGAGAACAUUGAACUGUCACACACCAGUGGUCCUCAGAGCCCUCUUAGAUCAGACUGCCAACCAAACUCUCCGGCAGAGUCCAGCAGCUGUAUUCGAGGGGCAGUUUCUCCUCAGAACUCUGUCAGUGACCCCGUAAAGGUCCGCAACUGGAAGAAGUACAAGUUCAUUGUACUUAACUCCACAGAUGGAAUGACUGGUCAUGGCUCGCAAACUCCAUCUCAUAUAGUAACAGAGGGUACCAAUAAGACCAGUGAAGAUGCAACCAGAAGUCAGUGCAAUAUCAGCUGCAGGUCUACAGAUGAAUGCACUCAAAAAGAGGAACGUGGAUCUCCAAGUACAUUGACAGAAGAGAGGGCUACAAAAUUAGAAAAUGGCAGACUCUUCUGUAAUGAAUGUGAUUCUAAAAGCGAAUCUGAUUCAGAGAAGCCUCAGUGGCUACAGGACGGCAAACCAUACAAAUGUGACCGCUGCCAGGCCAUGUUUCGUUAUAAAGGAAACCUGGCUAGCCACAAGUCUGUCCAUACAGGGGAGAAACCAUACCGUUGCAAUGUGUGUGGAGCUCAGUUCAACAGACCUGCAAAUCUUAAGACCCACUCACGUAUACACUCAGGAGAAAAACCAUACAAAUGCGAAACCUGCAGCUCUCGCUUCGUCCAGGUGGCUCAUCUGAGGGCUCACGUACUGAUCCACACUGGAGAAAAGCCGUACCCAUGUGAUGUCUGUGGCACACGCUUCCGCCACCUUCAGACGCUCAAGAGUCAUUUACGAAUACACACGGGAGAGAAACCUUAUCAUUGUGAGAAUUGUGACCUGCACUUCCGUCACAAGAGUCAGCUGCGAUUGCAUCUGCGGCAGAAACAUGGAGCCAUCACAAAUACCAAAGUCCAGUACCGCAGAACCAGAGCAGACCUGCCGCCCAGCUCCUCCUAAGAACAACUGUAAAAAACAUUUGAAGAAUUUUGUUUAAGCUAUCCUGAAAGGUACAUUUCAGACCUGUGGUCUAUUAUUGGUACACAAAAAAGUCAUGAAAUAAUACAGAUGCCUGAAUAAAUCUCUGUGAUAUCGCUAUGUUUACCCAUACAGUGCAGUUGUAAAUUGUAUCAUAAAUAUUCAGGACUAUUUCACCUGUAUGUUAUGUACUUUAUGUACUUUCCAUCCACUCUGCAGAUGAACGACGCAUGAUUUCACACAGAAAUAGUGGUUUUGCAUUUUAUUAGCAACGUAAACACUGACUAUAAAGUAUUGUAAACUGAAUUCUUGUUUAUGCAGAUUGCAGUGUCCUAUUAAAACAGUAUUGGACAGUAUCUAAAAUAUACAAAUAUAUCUAUUAUUUAUUUUUGUUUUCAAAGAGUGCUAUUUCUCUCCUUUUCUGUCAAACUGCACUGUAUAUAAUAUACAAAAUGUUAUAUUGGUAUAAAGCAUCAUUAUGCAAGUUCUGUGUAAAUAUUUAAUCAAAUCUUUGCUUUGAAAAAUGUUAUAUGUGUUAUGAUUGAAGGAGCGCUACACUGUUAAACAAAUAUAUUGUAUUUAGACACGUUUGAUAUUGUACAGCAGAUUUUGGUACUAGAGGGGCAAAAGUCCUUACAAUUAAAGAUUUGAUACCA